UUAUAUAAAAUACCAUGCCGUUCGGUCGGAGUAGGAGUAGGAGCAGCAGGCUUUGAUCAAAACUUGUUACCUCUCGGUAAACUCGCCAUUCUGCACAUUUGAACGUUUAAUGACAAAUUAGACUACAUCUGUAUACCUAUAACAGCAGCAUGUGUAGACAGUGCCAUCCGAAUAGGUAUAAGCACGCGGGCCGAGGUCGUUCGACGCGGUCGUAUCAGCAUGCCCCAGCGCGAAGCCCUCCUCCUAUUGUUACUCAGCCCCAACGGCGCUCCAUGUUCAGAGACGCCGCUGCCGUUGCCGGGGGUGUAACUGUGGGCACAACUGUGGGUCAUUUGGCCGGAGAAGCUAUAUCCGGAUUGUUUGGUGGCGGCAGACGUGAGGACGUCGCUCGAUCCUUACCGCAAGAUUAUGACUACGGACACGAGCCGUCUGGCCCAUGCGCCUUCGAAAUAUCACAGUUCCUGCAAUGCGCAGCUAGCCAUCAAGACUUGCAAGAAUGUCAAGAGUUUAAUGAUGCUCUUAGAGAAUGCAAGCGCCGAAACCGUAUACCUUAACUCACACUCCAGGAAUAGCCGACCCAUAGCAGCAAUAGGCAAUAGUUACCAAUCCUAUACAAAUAAAUCCUUUUAAAAGUA